ACCAUGGUCGAUAUUCAAUACAUUGUUUACAAUGGAUACAAGAUGGCGACCUGCAGUGGAGCUGGGAGAGAAAGAAGUCAAGACUUAUACCUUCGCGAGGAAAUCGGGCUCAAAGAUCUCUGUUUUCAUAUCGAUCAUUUGAAGGCAUUACUGUAGCUCAACAUGGCAGGGGAGAUGUCUGAGCUUGAACAGACUGCCAUAGGCAAGGCGAUUUACAGUGAAGACUUGUAUCUGUUAAAGAGAUUGAUUGCCACUAAGUCAGAUGUCAACAGGAAGAGAUAUUUACGUGAAGUCGAUGUGGAUGACGUACUUUAUAAGGAUAAAAAAGGCAACACUUACUUACAUUAUGUGUGCACCAUGUACCGCCCGUUCAUUUUCCACACACUGGUUGCAGCAGAUAUCGACAUCAACGCUCAAAAUAAGGACGGAAGCACUGCUCUCCACGUGACAGCACUUCACAACGAGCCCGGCCACGUGGCCGAUCUUAUGGCAUGCGGGGUGGAUCCCUUUAUUAGAAAUAAAGCUAAUAAAUUGGCCGAGGAGAUACCUCAACACUGUAAAUACUGGCACGAUUUUUACAAGAAAUAUAGCCCAGGUCCUUUCCAAACUAUCGAGGACCACGAUCUCCAGCGCUUAGACGAACUGAUCCAAAACUGGUGUAAGCUCAGUGUAGAACGGAAUGGGUGCCAGCUCAUACGCUAUGCUGCCAGCAAACACUACACAGACAUGGUGUUGUUGGUUGACAAGAUGAAACCAACUUUGGCCGUCAUAUAUGCGGUUCUUGAGGCUGAUGUGGAAAAACUAAGACAGGCUCUCCAGAAACCGUGCGACGUCAAUUUUCUUAAUAAGGGAGCGGCUAAGCAGCACAUCUUGCAGUACGCCCUUACACUGGGGGACACAGAGAUGAUCACUUUGCUGUGUGACGCAGGAGCAGAUGUCAACACAAACUUGUUGGUACAUGGGUACAUAAGAGCUCCUCUUUAUUUCGAAGUUAUCAAUGAAAAAGCCAAUCCAAUUUCAAUGAUGACUGUGCUGAACUCAGACACCGUAGAUUACACCUUGAAGGACGAGAGUGGACGGACGGCACUCAUGUACGCCAUGGAUAAGUCCAACGGCUACGUCAGCACGGAAAUGAUCCAGUAUUUUAUAGAACAAGGCGUGGAUAUAGCGGAACGAGAUGUAACUGGCCUUACUGCAAGAGAUAUAGCAAAACUUUCGAGACGGAAGGACAUUGUUGGGAUUAUCGACCAGUAUAUGAUCGGUCUCAUCCGAAGCUCUGAUGUACCUUCCCUGGAGCGCCUGGCACAGAAUGGAUACGAUGGCUUCUUCUUUGAGUAUAAUUACAGGGACACUGUGUUGUACGCAGCGGGGAACGAGACAAAGGACGUUAUGAACUUUCUAAAACAACUAAAGCAAUUCCAAGCGACCGUGGCCCAAAUCCACGUGGCAGCUCAGAAUGGAGACAUUAAGUCACUAAGAAACUUGUUGAAUGGCACUGAAUUCAAACAAGAAAUGCUUAUCAGGUCCAAAGACAAGGGUGGACGCACCCCUUUACUGAAGGCCUUGUUACACGGCCAGGAGGAGACAGCUCAGUACUUGCUUUACGACUGUGACAAAAGGCUGGCCUUGGAGGACAAAGAUAAUUUGUGGCGAACUUCUCUACACUAUGCAGCCACAUUGUCGGGAGAGCAUAACAUGUAUUCCAUGGUUCUCAAGUGUGGUGCUGACCAAACGGCAAAAGACUUGAGAGGUGUGACGAGUCAACAAAUACUAAACUGGGACGACAAAGAAAAGACUACAUUCUUGGAAGAGUUACGAAAUGCGCCUUGUGGGAUGGAGCUAGAAAUCAGUUGUGUAGAUAAGUACGAAGAACUACGCUCAGUUAUCGUUUCGCAGUCCCAAAAACUCAAACAUCUCAUCAGGGAAAUGGAAGAUUCCAAAUUUUCAGUCGCAGAUUUUCCAAAAAUUUUGGAACCGUGUGGCGUAGAACUACUUCGCGGGUUCAGAGACCUAGUCUUUUUGGCGAUAGAACACGGUAAAGCAGACUUAGUAAAAUGGCUGGUGCAGAAUGGCGCAGAUACAAAGAGGAAAGAGAAGUGUCGAGUGUUGCAGCCGGAUGGGACUGUUUUAACAUUCUACAUGGAUGCCGAGGAGUUUGCAAGGAGUGAGGGGUACACGGAACUCGCCGAGUUUAUUUUAUCAGAACAUAUAGCAGGGAAGGGAUUAAAGACGGCUCGAUUUACAUGUACGCAGGAUUACGCGGACGCAGAAGAUACAUCAUACAUGCUUUGAUCCCUGAAAACCAUUCAUUUUAACUUAAACAUUAAAUGAGCGAAGAAUUGCAAUUGAUAUAGUACAGUGAAAAGGAAAACGUUGGGCUUGUUUCAUGUAAUCAAAAUAACAGGGCUACAGCCUUCAGUUCGUUAUUAAAUUGACUGUUGAUAAAUAGUUUCAGGAGGGGGGAGGCGCCUUCGCAAAAUGUAUUUUCCUAAAUUGUGCCAAAUUCAAUAUUAUCACCAUGAAAAAUAAAAGUUUGAAAAUUA